CCGCCGCCAGGGGGCGCAGCGCCGGCUGUAGGUGGCCCCGCCUGGAUCGGGAAUCCUUCCGUUUCCGAGAGGCAAAGAGACGCAACAUCAACAUUUACCGACAGAUUCAGUUAAUACCGUAAAACUCGUAACAUUCAAAGCGGCGAGACUCCUAGAGCCUGAGGAUGUCGGGACAGAAGCGUCCUGCAGACCCCUGCGGUUCCUCGUCCUCCGGUGUGCCUCCAGAGAAGCGGAGGGAGAGGGACGGAGAGGACGGGGGCGCCGGUGUCAGCGCAGCUGCCAGCGGGAGCACCGCGGUGGAAACUGUCAUCAAGCUAGGCGGGGUGUCCAACUCGGAGGAACAAGACAUCAAAGCUCUACAGGCUAAGAACCGAAAGUUGGGAGAAGCCCUUGACCAAAGACAGGUGAUUGAAGAUGAGCUGCGGGAGCGAAUUGAGAGACUGGAGACCCGUCAGGCCACAGAUGAUGCCAGUCUGCUGAUUCUAAAUAGAUACUGGAACCAGUUUGAUGAAAAUGUUCGAUUGAUAAUAAGGCAUUAUGACCAAGCGAGCAGUGAACCUGAGAAGUCCCCAUCAGCUGAGGGACGUAGCCUGAAACCUGAAACCCCAGAACCUGAUGGGGACUCCAACCAGGAGAGGGCCAAGGACAGGGGCCACCAAGGGGAGACAGCCAACUCUUUUCUGGCUACACUGGCGAGUAGUAGCAGUGAAGAGAUGGAGGCUGAACUUCAGGAGAGAGUGGAGUCCAGCCUUAAACAGGCCAGUCGGGUGGUGGAGAUCUAUGAGUGUCUGAAAAACACCGUAGAUCAGCUGAAGGCAGAGCCGGAUUCCGGAGCUGAGGGCAGUCGAUGGCAGGCAGCCUCCAAACUAAACUCCCUUUUGACCAGUGAAAAUGAAAGGCUACAACAGUUGACUGAGGAUCUAAAGCAGAAGCACAGUCACAUGACCAGCGAGUCCCGGGCUCUGGGUCGUGCAGUGAACAAAGCAGACCAGCGUAUCAGUGAGCUACAAGUUCUGAUUGAGGAACUCCAGUGGGACAUGGAGAAGAUUCGACGUAGAGAAAAUCGACUCAAUACACACCUGAGUGACAUACUGGAGAGGGUAACCAGCAAAGGCUAUAAGGUCUGUGGGGAGGCCAGCAGUGUCUGUGGAACCAUUACUAUUAACAAACGAAAGUUUGAGGAAAUGAACAGCGAGUUGGAGGAGAACCGGGAACUGGCAGAAAACCGCCAUGUGGAGCUGCAGAAGCUUCAACAGGAUCUGCAGAAUGUUGAGCAAGAGAAUAACAACAUGAAAGCAGAGCUGCUAAGCCGAGCGGAAGGCCUGGUGAAAGAAACUGCAGAAUAUCGUUGUCUGCAGUCACAGUUUUCUGUGCUCUACAACGAGUCCCUAAUCCUCAAGGCUCAAUUGGAUGAGACGCGUGCUCGCCUUAACACUACAAGAACAGCAAGGCUUCGACAGCUGGAGCACAUGGAGAAUGAUGAAGUGGCUCUGCAGAGAAAGGUUCGUACAGAAGUGUUUCAGUUGGAGGACACGUUGGCUCAGGUCAGGAAGGAGUAUGAGAUGCUGCGCAUUGAAUUUGAACAGACUCUAGCUGCCAAUGAACAAGCAGGUCCAAUUAACAGGGAGAUGCGUCAUUUAAUUAGCACUCUGCAAACACACAAUCAACAGAUGAAGGGAGAGGUGGUGAAAUACAAGUUGAGACUGAGAGAGGCCCAGUCUGAACUCAACCAGCUCCGAGCUUCAAAGGGCAAUGCCAUCCUCCAAUCCCAGUCAAGCACAGAGAUGGAUGUGAAGGAUGAGACAACUUCGCCCUCCAUUCCUCCCAUUUCUGGAGAACCUGCGGUUAAGACGGAUCCUGAUAAUGGCUCCUCAACACCCAACAGCAGUGGCAUCUCUGUGAAAAUAGAGCAAGGAGCAGAACCAGAGGCAACAGUGAAGGAGGAUGACAAAGAAGAGAAGAAAGAGAAGGAAGAAAAGAAAGAGAAAGACACUAUAAAGAAAGAGGAGAAAGAUAGAGAGCGAGACAGAGAGAGAGAACGGCCGACACGCAUGAGUGGAAGCAGCAGCAGCAGCAUGAUAAAGGAAGAAAAGGACAAGCCUGGAAGUAGCAGUCAACCUGAGGACUUACCUGGAGAGCGCCUAGCUAUGGUUGGAGGGUCCAAGAGGAAGGAGAUGGAGCAGCUUAAGAUCGUCCGAGCAGAACUCAAGAAAGCACAGGAGUCUCAGAGAGAAAUGAAGUUGCUGUUGGACAUGUACCGGUCUGCACCCAAAGAGCAAAGAGACAAAGUUCAGCUCAUGGCUGCAGAGAAGAAGGCAAAGUCUGAGGGAGAAGAGCUGCGACAAAGGUUGAGGGAGCUGGAAGAGAGGGAGAGAAGGGAGGGCAAGAAAAUGGCAGAUGAAGAAGCACUGAGGAAGAUCCGGUCUGUGGAGGAGCAGAUCGACAUCCUCAACAAGAAACUGUCUAUAGCCAAACAGGAGGAGGACGCGCUGCUGAGCGAGAUGGACGUGACUGGUCAGGCCUUCGAGGACAUGCAGGAACAAAACAUUCGCCUUAUGCAGCAGCUCAGAGAAAAAGAUGAUGCCAACUUCAAGUUGAUGAGCGAGCGGAUCAAGUCCAACCAGAUCCACAAGUUGUUAAAAGAAGAGAAGGAGGAGCUGGCCGACCAACUGCUCACGUUAAAAACUCAGGUCGAUGCCCAGCUGCAGGUGGUGAGGAAGCUCGAGGAGAAGGAGCGCCUCCUUCAGGGGACCAUCAGCACUGCAGAGAGGGAGCUGGCUCUUCGAACACAAGCUUUGGACAUGAACAAACGCAAGGCUCAGGAGUCGGCGCUGUUGUCGGAGGAGGUACGAACUCAGCUGGAGCAGGUUCAGCAGAGACUCAGUCUGGUCAGAGAAGAGGUGGUGGAGAACAGCAUCUCCAGGGAGAAAGAGUCCUUUAAUGCCAGACGAGCACAGGAGGACAUUUCUAAACUGAGGAUAAAGAUUGAGAAGGCCAAGAAACCUGCAGAGAAAAUCAGCAAUGGAGACGACAUCCUAAAUGAAGAAAUAAACGAUUAUAAGGCACGUCUAACAUGUCCUUGCUGCAACUCUCGGGUGAAGGAUGCGGUGCUGACGAAGUGCUUCCACGUUUUCUGCUUUGAGUGUGUGAAGACGCGCUACGACACACGCCAGAGGAAGUGUCCCAAAUGCAACGCCGCCUUCGGGGCCAACGACUUCCAUCGCAUUUACAUCGGCUGAAGCUUCCGCCACAAAUUGUACUGAGAGGGGGUCGAGAAGUUGAGCGGCGGUACAAACUCUGCCGGGAGCGGCGCUCGCCGCGGCGCCGAGCGUUUCCCUCCCGAGUGCGUGCUGCCCGUCGCCAUCCAUCUACAGGACAGGACCCGUGCGAAUCGCUCCCCAUGAGUCCAGCCUCACAGGGGCCACGCCGACGCCCUGAGCUCAACGCUUUGCCUUUUCAUGUGUUUUUUUUUUAUUUUAAAUAUUGACUGAAAUCAUCUCCAGAAUCUGCCUCACUGUGUUCUCACAUGCCGUCGCAGAUUCGUUAAGUUGGCAUUUCUUACUGAGAGGUGUGUGAGUGAGUGAGUGCGUGCGUGCGUGUGUGCAUGUACACAAACCAUUAAAGCAACCAGUCUAAGAAUAGAUUAGUACACUGAGAAAGCAGCCUGCCCAGCACAGUGGAUGCGUGUCACGCUGGUUUUAUGUACAUAUUGUAUGUCCAUGUUUCUUUUUUUAUUUGAUAUUUACCUUUUUUGGUCUCUUCGGAGACAAUGCUGUGUAUUUACUGUUCUACUAGUCAUUAAACUGACAUCAAAACCG